UCACUAUUUACAGUUUUUUACCCCCAAAAUUUAACGGCCAGAAUUGGGGGAUUUCCGGCUCAAGCCCCAAUUUGCCGGCCAAAACACGCCGGGAAGAUGAAGCCCCUCUUGGCUUACGCCCUAUUAGCCACAGGCCUCUUCCUCUUCCUCGCGUUUUCCGGCAAACCUCCGGCCACGUCCAGCCAUCGCCGGCUCAUUUCCCGGCGACCACAGGAACCGCGCCCCUCUUUCUUCGACUUAGAAUGGGAGGAAAGCUUUGGCCGGAAUGCUCAUUUUUCUGGCAAUUCCCAGCGAAAUUCCGGCCAUUCAGGCUUUUCAGGGGAAAACUCUGGGGAAGUGGGGGGAAAUUCCGGCGAAUUUGGGGCGAAUUCCGGCGAGAUUUAUGACGUGACGAGGAGACUGGUUUUUUUGUUUCCUCUCAUUGAUGUAAAGCCAAAAGAUGGCUUUGUGAGCUAUGAAGAGCUUGAGGGUUGGAACGUUAGGCAAGCUAUCGAGAAGUUGCAGAGAGAGACGGAGAGAGAGAUGAGGGAUCGUGAUAAAGAUGGAGAUGGGACCGUGACCCUGAGGGAGUUUCUCUCUCAUGUUUCCGAUGCAGAGUUAGAGAUUAACAACAUGGCGAAUGGUCAUCCUGGAUGGUGGAGGGAGCAGUUCCGUAAUGCAGAUGAAGAUGGCAAUGGAUCUCUAAAUCUCACUGAGUUCAAUAAUUUUUGGCACCCCGAAGAUUGUCAAGAGCCAAAGAUUCUGCAAUGGCUUUGUAAAGGGAAAAUAAGAGAAAUGGAUCGAAACAAUGAUAGUAAGGUUGAUCUCUCUGAAUUUCAAGACAAAGCUUAUAAUAUCUACAAUAAUAUCGAUGAGUUUGAGCACUUGGAUGAUGCUCUCAAAGACAAAUCCACUCCAAAACAAAUAUUUGCAAAGCUUGAUAUCAACAAGGAUGGGUUUUUGACAGAGGAAGACUUGAUGCCAAUCAUACAUAAGCUUCAUCCUGGAGAAGUUUCAUAUGCCAAGGAUUUCUCGAAGUAUUUGAUGCAUGAGGCCGAUGAUGACAAGGAUGGGAAAUUAUCGAUAGAGGAGAUGGUGGCGCAUCCUCACGCAUUUUAUAGCACUGUCUUUGAUGAUGAUGAUGACGACAACGACAACGACGACUAUGACUCUCAUGAUGAACUGUGAUAACGUUCUUUCAACUCUCUUCUCAGAGUCAUCAUUUCUUUUUCUCUCUAAUUUUUUUGGGAAAUUUAACGAAAUAUAUUUAAGAGAUGACCUAUUUAACAUUUGACCCAUAUUUUUUUAAUUUAAUUUUACAAAGUUUAAAGCACGAAUGAUCUUGAGUUGAAAAUCGGUAAAAUGUUAUAUAUUGAUAAUUGUAGUUUGA